CUGGACCAGGAGGACCCAAAAACCCCACAAAUUAAAGAGGAAGAGGAGGAGGGGGAUAUCAUAGAGUUCACUUUUGGUCCUAUUGAUGUGAAAAGUGAAGAUGGUGAGGAGGAGCAACCUCAGUCUUCUGAGUUUCUUCACAAUCAGACUGAGGAGGAUAGAGACUCCUCUCCAGGUCAGUGUUUAGAAUCCGACACUGAGGACAAGACUUUACAGUCAUCCGAGACAGAUGUCAGCGAGGGACACUGGGAUGACAGCGGUGAGGCUCAGUCCGGCUUAAACUCCGGAAAAGAUAAGGAUGGCCUCGGAGAUGAUGUCAGUCAGGAAUCGGAAAAGUUGUACAGCUGCACUGAAUGCGGUAAAACCUUCAACCGCAAGCCGUGCCUGUUGCGACACAAGAGGAUCCACUCGGGAGAGAAGCCCUUCAGCUGCACCGUCUGCGAGGCCUCUUUCACAUGGAAGCAUUCCUAUGUCCAGCACAUGAGAAUCCACACAGGCGAGCAGCCGUUCAGCUGCCCCGUUUGUGAUCGGCGCCGGAAGCGGCGCAUCAAGUCAGAGCGACAGUUUGAUGGAGACCAGCUGAAUUUUAGAGUUUCUGCUGAAAAAGCAGUGUCUGACAUGUCUGAAGUCCAACAGUUGGUAGGGCUGGAGAGACAGACACCAAGUGCUGCAGACGAAAGAAAGGAUUGUUGCGGUAUUCACCAGCUUUUGGUAGUUAAAGAGGAGUUCCCUCCUGAUCAGCAGAGAUGGAGUCCCAGACUGGACCAAGAGGACGUAAAGCCAACACAGAUUAAAAAGGAGCAAGAGGAGGCUGAUAUUAUCAAGUUUACACACAGAGGAGAGGGAUUCAGAGUCUUCAGUGACAGACGUCAGCGAGGGAAACUGGGAGGAGAGCAGUGA